GGCGGCGGCGGCGGGACGACCCGGCGGGAGGCGGCGGAGCCCGCAGAGCCCGGCCCCUCCGCGCCGCCCGCGCCGCCCGAGCCCCGGCCGCGGAGACAUGAGCGCCCGGCGGCCCGACGCUCCCGAGGCGCAGCGGCCCGGCCCCGCGGCCCCGUGAUGGGCUCCUGCGUGUCGCGAGAUCUCUUCACAGGUGUCCCCAAGGAUUGCCCCAUGCCCCCGGGCGCAGGCCCCCUGAGCCCACUGCCCGCCAGCCGCCUGCCUGCCUUCAUCCCGGACUAUGUCACCGGCAAGGACAAACAGAUGGAUUUCUGUUGGGAUCCUUGGCAGAGAUGCUUCCAGACCAACGGCUACCUGUCCGACUCCAGAUCCUGCUCCAGCAGCUACCACGUGGCAGCCCUGGCCACCUCGUCCCUUGUGGGGGUGGUGCAGAGCAUCAAGGACCACAUCACGAAGCCCACGGCCAUGGCGCGGGGCCGCGUGGCCCACCUCAUCGAGUGGAAGGGCUGGCGGGCCCAGCGGGCGGGCUGGGAGCUGUCGCCGGCCGAGGACGAGCACUACUGCUGCCUCCCGGACGAGCUGCGCGAGGCCCGCUUCGCUGCCGGGGUCGCUGAGCAGUUCGCCAUCACAGAGGCCACCCUGAGCGCCUGGUCCUCGCUGGACGCCGAGGAGCUGCACCCCGAGAACAGCCCCCAGGACGCUAUCCAGCUGCAGGACCUGGACAGCGUCUACCUUCAGGACAGUCUUCUGAGCGGCCCCUCGCGGGACGACAGUCUGCUGGCCUUCUCCUCCCCCGGCCUCUGCCCUGACGGCUGGCCCUCACCUGAGGAGCCCCCCAUCUCGGCUGCUGCCCCCCAGCCCCCCAGCCCCGAGCAGCAGCACCGGCCCCGGCUGCCGGGGGGCCUGCAGGGCUCCCUCCCCUCGGUGGACAGCGGCUCCCUCUCGGAGGACGAGGUGUUCUAUAACUGAGGCCCCAGCCGGGACCCGCCGCCUCGCCUGCGGGCAGCUCGGGCGUCUCCGGACGUGGGGUCAGGCUGGGCCUCCCAACCCUUCGGGGCGGGCACGGGGUGGGGAGGCUGGGGGCGAGGCUGGCACUCCCGUGGACCACUUCGUGCCUCCGUGGACCUGCCCGCAGUGGGAGCCACCGUCCCUCUCCCCCUUCCACCCUCCGCAAGCUCACGGACUCAGAGACACCAGGGCAGGCCCCAGGCUGACCACCUCCCGGGGAGACCCACCUGCAGAGGGGCCUGGUCCCAGAGCCGGGCCUCCCGUCUCCCUCUGUGCUUCUGCCCGUCAGAGGCGGGGCAGCCUCUUCUGGUGGCUCAGCACCUGCUCCUGAGCGGUCAUCCGAGGACACCCGUCUCCCUGGAUUGUCUGACUGUCUGUCCCCCGCCCGCUGACCCCGGUGCCCCUGCUCCCCCUCCUGGCAGCCUCAGCCACCUCCCUGGGAGCUCUCUGAAGACAUUAAAGUGGCGGAUUCACCC